CACCAAUCACAUUCGAAACCUCAAACGGUUUGUGUUAUGGUGCCGAGGCAGGACGUAGUUGUGAAGUGUAUGAGCCAUGCCCAGUGCCAGCCGUGUCGGUGUCAACCUCCGUGCCUCAGCGUAUUUACACCAAGGUGACAGGAAGUACAUGGAAGAUGAGCUUCAGGUGGCGUACCAGAGGACGCAUGACAAGAAGGACAUCGAGUACGCCUUCUUUGGGAUUUUCGAUGGCCAUGGCGGGAAAGAGGCAGCGCAUUUCGCCAAGGAUAAUUUGAUGGAUAAUAUCGUCAGCUUGAGGACGUUUUGGUCUGACCACGACGAGGAGGUGUUGUCUGCCAUCAAGGAAGGCUUCCUCAGGACUCACAUGGCCAUGUGGAAGGUGUUGGAUCAGUGGCCAAGAACUGCUUCAGGUUGGCCAAGCACAAGUGGAACAACAGCAAGUGUAGCUUUCAUUCGCAGGCAGAAAAUAUAUAUUGGCCAUGUGGGAGAUUCGGGAAUUGUCCUUGGAUGUGAAGCUACAAAUGGAAGCUGGCAUGGUGAAGCCUUGACUCGUGAUCACAAGCCAGAGAGUGUAUUAGAGAAAACACGCAUUACAGAAUGUGGAGGGAAAGUUAUCAACAAAUCAGGUGUUCCACGUGUUGUAUGGAACAGACCCAAGUCUGGGCACCAAGGUCCUGUUCGUAGAUCGACACCUAUGGAUGAAAUUCCAUUCUUAGCAGUAGCCCGAUCUUUAGGGGACCUUUGGAGUUACAAUGCAACGAAUGACCAGUUUGUAGUUUCACCUGAGCCUGAUGUCUGCGUCAUGCCAAUUGACAUAACCCGUCAUAGAUGUCUUAUAUUUGGUACUGAUGGUCUCUGGAAUGUCUUGACUCCAGAUGCUGCUGUCAAUGUAGCCCACCAAGCAGAGAGAAACAAUGAAAAACACUAUCUUGGUGUCCCUAACUCUUGCGGUAAGCAACGGCUGUGGGUGAAUCCAUCUCGAUCUGUUGUGUUGGGAGCCCUUGGUCGUUAUAUCAAGCUUAACCUUCGUGCUGACAACACUAGUGCUGUUACAGUUUUCCUAGAUCCACCAGGACGACCGAAGAGAGAGGUGUUGCUACAACAGAAGGGAAUGAAGAAAGGGUCUCCCCCUAAACCUACCACUAGACUACCAUCAACCGAAGAGGACAGGAACAGAGAUGCACUAGUGCAAGUGCACAUGUACAACCAAAGCCAAACAACACGACUUGAAGGUAGCAGAGGUGUUCUUCGCAUAAAAGAACGUCUCCCAGAAAAAUGGCAGACUAGUCAACAAGUUAACCAGCAUGGUGUACAAGAGAGUUUCCAAGAGUGUACGGAUAGUUACCAGAAUGGUGGUAGUGUGGGUUGUGGGGAUCAUAACAGAGAGGGUGAUAAUAAUCAUACAGUGAUUAAUACUGAAACAACUAAAGUGGGUUGCUCAGAAUGUGGUUGUGCUGGUAUACAUUCAAUUCCUAGUACUUCAGGUGACAAUUUGUCUAGCCAUAAUGCACAUAAUCCACCUUCUAGGGUAUUACCACCAACUACUCAGAAUUUACCAGCAUCAUCUCCUUGUGAUAUCGAUAACAUGUCUGAAAAUGAGUCAGUAAAUAGACCAGACAGUAGAUCAGAGAACAGACCAGAAAGCCGAUCCGAAAGCAAGCUGGAAGGAAACUCUGAGAACAGGUCAGAAAUCGUACCAGAGAACAAACCUGAUGGCAGGACAGAAUCUAGACUUGCGAAAGAUGAUAUACAGAUACCAGUUGUGUCGAGCAGUACGCUAAGUCCAGGAACAGAUGGUAGAGGGAAGAAACACAGGGGAAUAAAUGGUAGGCUAAAAAUUUCGACAGUAACUGUUUCUACAGAAAAAAGUGAUAACAAAAGAACAAGAUCUAAUAUUCUUGUAAAAUUAGGAAUGGAGAUUGAGAAUAAAGAGCAAAACCCUGUUGCGUCAAACAAUAACAAUGAGUGGAAAGAACAGUGUACAGACGAAAAGGCGGGAUCAAGUACCAAGGGUAGGCAAACUUUAAGUAAUUCUACAAUGGAUUCAUCUAAUCGUGUGUUGAAAUCUGUAAAUCGUGGCACCACAGAAACGGUAAGCCAAGGUCCUCCAAAGGUGCCGACAUCUAAACGUAAGCGAACUUCAGAUAUUGAAACCGAAUCCUCAGAGGAACCUUCACCAAAAUCUGCUAGGGUUCACACACGCUCUCACACGUGGAGUCACAAACCUAUGGUAACCAGAAGUCAGGAAAAGAUACAUAAAACCCCAGCUAAAUUGUCUUCUACCCCAAAGAAAUGAAAUAUAGAUGAAAGUAUUUUCGUAAACCCCAGAAUAAUUAUCACAGACUGGAAGGAAAAUUUUUUUAUUUUUUAACUUGCAGUAUACACACUUGUUCCACAUUCUGACUGAUCUCAUGAGAUAGAUGUGAGUUUGUGUCCAGUUCUUUGAGGUGCUAAAACUGUUGCCUAUUUUAAGCUAAUUGUUACUAGGUAUUCUUAGUAACAUCCGAAUAUAAUUCUUUUUAUAUUGAGUGUAGAAUUCAAGUAACGUGCAGUGUGUUCAGAAAAUUUGUAAUUAUUACACCUUUUUACUGUAUCUGAAUACAGACAAAUGCCCCAGCAGAAAUUAGGUUGAACUGCAGUGUUUGGGAUUGGGCAAGAUUUAUAGUUCCUCAUGUGUGAGAGGAAUUAAAAGGGAGUGCCUUGCAGAAAUGAUUGGAUUAGAAUUCACUGGUUUGUCACAUUUGGUAGGUAAAAGUACAAGUUCUGGUAUAAGUGUUUGUAAAGGAGCAAACCUUACUGUAAGGAGUUAUUGCAUGGUUAUUGCAAAUAACUUUAGCUUGGAGACUGUAAUUACUUGUCUUAAUUGUUCAUAUUUUUCUUGGUUUUAAAGAGGUAAUAUUUUUAUAUAUGGAAGGUCAUAAGUAAGCUAUCAGUUGAAAAGCUUGUAUUUAUUGUAUAUAACAUGGUGGCUGCAAUUUAAACAAAAUUUGUUAAUUUACAAUUAAAUUUUGCAUGAGUUUAUGAUGCAGCUGCCUAAUUUUAUAACCAAAAGUCACUUUUGACAGUAUUUAUCAAAAUGGGAAUAUUUAAGUAAAAUUUAUACUAGACAGUGUAUGUAUAUAUAGUAUAUGUAGAUACAUACAUACAUAUACAUUUUUUUUUUUUUUUUUUUUUUUUAUUACUAAUUCAGCUGACUUGUUUAUGGCAAUAAAUCCUCUAUUGAAAGUUUUUUUUUUUUCUUUUGAAACUUAAGUAUCUUUCCAUUAAUGUUAAUCAUUGUGGGUGGAUUUUUUUCUCUUCUCUUGACGAACCGGCCACAUCCCACCAAGGCAGGGUGACUCAAAAAGAAAAACAAAAAAUUCUCAUUUUAAAUUUAGUAAUGUGGGUGGAAAUGUCUUUUUUUUUUUUUUAAACAAAAUAUGUUUGCUCAGAGAUGGCAACAAAACAGUUGUAGCAACUUUUAAAAUACAUAAGCUGUGUCACAUUUUUUAUAUAAUUUCACAGCUAAACAAUAUUAGGUAUCAAAUUUGAAAAAUAUAUAUUUGAGAUAAAAGUAAAGAAUAUACCCUAUAAAGCAUAUUUUGAUUGUAUGAAUGCCAAUUAAAAGUUUAAUAUUUUAAAGGAUUUAAAUUGCAAUUUAGUAGGUAAUUCUAGAUCAGUGUUUUGUUUCAAAAAUAGUAAGCAAAUUUUGUAAUAUUCAGUGAAUGCCAAAGUUCUUCUGCAACUUGUGUGUACAAAAUUAUUAGUAAUUAAGUAUAGGAAUUUGUAACUGAACUCUAAAAUUUGUGUGAAUAUUUUGAUUUAUUUUAUAGUAUUUAUUUUUAUUGUAUAUGCUCUAUCAUCAUUUCUGUACAUUCUUGUGUAUUAAAUCUUUCUUGAGAUCAGACUACUUACAAUAUAUUUAAUUUUUAGCUUACAAUAAUUAAUUAAAUUUGAGGGCAGAAACAUCACAAGAAGAGUACAAUUCUUAUUAUCAGAUGUAUUGAAAAUAUAUAUUUGUGAUAAAUUGUGAUCUAUCAGUAUAUCUGCUUGAAAACUUGCUUCUUAAGUUUUCAGAAAUUAGUUAUUCUGAUAGUAUGGCCUGUAUUAAAGUUUAAAAAUUAAGAAUGUACAUAGGUGUAACUUAGAAUCAUGGAAUGUAAAUAUAUGUAAAUUAAAUA